CCUUGCGGCGGAGGCAGGGGAGAAGUGAGAGGUGGCCCGGCGGGGUGUCAGCGCUGGGGGGGGGCGGGCAGCGCGAGAGUGAGCCCGUGGCUGAGUGAGUUUAUCCCUGCGGGCGGUGAGAGGCCUGGGGCCUAACCCGGAGGAGCAGGGUCGCGGCGCCAGCUAGCAGCGGCCCCCCUCGCAGUCCCCGGGCUCGGCGGCGCGGUAGCGGCCCAGUUGUGAGGAGGCGGGGAAGCGAGUGUCCGGCGCCAGCCACGGACAGCAUGGACGUGGGCCCGGACCCUGGGCUGGUGCAGAAGUUCAGCUGCCUGGGCACCGCCGACAAGGUCGUGCUCGUCUCUGAGUUCCAGCGGUUGCUCGGCUUCCAGCUCAACCCGGCCGGCUGCGCCUUCCUCCUGGACAUGACCAGCUGGAACCUACAAGGAGCAAUUGGCGCCUAUUAUGACUUUGAGAGCCCAAACAUCAGUGUGCCGUCUGUGUCCUUUGUUGAAGAUGUCACCAUAGGAGAACGGGAGUCGAUAUCCCCUUAUGCUCAAUAUAUAAAAACAUGGCGGAUCCAAAAUUCUGGGGCAGAGGCCUGGCCUCCAGGGGUUUGUCUUAAAUAUGUCAGGGGAGACCAACUUGGACAUGUGAACAUGGUGUUGGUGAGAUUGCUAAACCCCCAGGAGAUUGCAGAUGUCAGCAUCCAGAUGUGCAGCCCCUGCAGAGCAGGAAUGGAUCAGGGACAGUGGCGGAUGUGCACUGCUACAGGACUCUACUAUGGAGAUGUCAUCUGGGUCAUUCUCAGUGUGGAGGCGGGUGGACUUCUAGGAGUAGCACAGCAGCUGUCAUCUUUUGAAACGGAGUUCCACACACAGCCACAUCGCAAGGUGGCAGGAAACUUCACCCUGUUUGCCUCUCCCCAAAAGAACCGACAUUCAGAUGAAAAAAAAGACCCUGGGGGUUCCGGGUUCGACUCGAUCAGCAAAAACACACGGGCUCCCGCGCCUGACCAAACCGAGCAAGAUGAGAGUAGACUCCCCCAGAACUCUGUAAAUCUGUCCCCCAGCAGUCACGCAAACAACUUAUCAGUCGUGACUUACAGUAAGGGGCUCCGCGGGCCUUACCCCUUCAGUCAGUCUUAAACGGGUGUCACCAAGAAGAAAAAUUAACGAAAGACACAA